AUGUAUCAUCUGAAACUGCCCUCACAGAUCCUGAUCUUCCUUGUGAUGCUGCAAUGCGUUGCCACAUUCCCUUACAACAGGUACUCCCUUUCCUCCAACGAAAAGCCGGAUGACUCUCAAGAGGUCGAUGGAUGGCUGGUUACAGAUCUAUCUGACAAUCCAUUUGUGAGUUUUACAAGGUCACGGCCUCCAAGGGGCCUCACUGCAGUGAACAGUCAUCACAUGGAAAAGCGGAAGUGUAACACAGCCACCUGCGUGACUCAGAGAUUAGCAGACUUUCUCAUCCGAUCCAGCAACACCAUCGGCACCGUCUACGCGCCGACCAACGUAGGAGCCAACACUUAUGGGAAGAGAGACUUGCUGCAGUCGCCCAUUUAUCUGCCCCUAUAGUUCAAAUGCAAACACAGUGGAAAAUACAGUCAAAUAAAUGUAAUAUGUAUAAUAAUGAUGGAAAUUAUUCUUUGUUUGUUAACGUUUGUU